CCAGUCCACCAUGCUAAUUCAGGGCAAGCUUCAUUGUUAUAUUUAAGCCGAAGUUUCUCCUUAACUCCUCCAAUAACUGUCCGUUUACAUUAAUAUAAACUUGUCCAUCAUGCUCAAAAGUGUGUUGCCCGUCUGUUUCUUUAUACUGCUUUUGAAUGAAGCAUCUGUGCAGGACACAGUUCAGGGUUUUAUCGGAGAUUCUGCACUUUUGCCGUGUCAUCCUAAGACCGGGCAGCUUAAAGUCAUCACUGCACACUGGAGAUAUGACGACCACAAAAAUGUUUACGACAUAUUAAAUGGCCAAGGGAAGACGAAGGAGCAGGACGCAGAGUACAAGGGCAGAACAGAAACGUUCCCUGCAGAGUUUUCGAAAGGCAACUUCUCCCUCAGGCUUGGGAAUCUCCGGAAAAGUGAUGAAGGGUCGUACUGCUGCUUCACGCCUGAGUCGGAUGAAAGCAAAUGCAUAAAUCUUCAAGUCACAGAAAAACCAAGAGAAAUCCAAGAGAAACAAAACUCAAACGGUGGAGUUGAAACCACAGCCGGGAGAAUUGUAUCUCUGUUAAUUCCUCUCUUCUCUGCUGCUGUUCUGCUCUGUGUGUGAGUGAAUGGUGACUGCAUAUA